CCUCAUCACAAGUACUUAUAGGAAAAACAAAAAAAAAAGACCCAAAAUCAAACCGUGGGCUGUUCUCUCCCAUGGUGGGCUGCGUUGGGCCUUUCUGGGCUGUCCGAUAGGUGACUUUCCCUGUCCCGGAAAAACCCUACAACGCGACAGCGCCGCCGCCCUUCGUCGCUGCCGGCCUGCCGCCUCCCAGGCUCCGCUGCCCUCCGUUGAUCCGGAACCUGCGGGGAAGGCGGUGGGGUUGUCCGCUCGUGGCGGUGUUUGAGGAUGCCGCUGGGGUUGAUGCUGAGCUCGCUGGGGCGGGCGAUGCGGCGGAAGCGGCUGUCCUCGCUCGACAUCCUCUCCUCCAAGCGGGCGCCCCGGGAUUACUACAAGGGCAAGAACUGCAAGCCCACCGGGUUCCACACCCGCAAAGGUGGAUAUGUGAUAGUUGAUGAGAAAUUGCCAAGAUUUGUAGUCCCUGACUUGACUGAUUUCAAGCUCAAGCCAUAUGUAUCACAAUGCGCCAGGGACCUCACAGCGUCCACGGCAUCUUCUACUUCAGCAGAGACUACUGAAAACAAGAGCUGAUCUUUAUGCAACUGCUCUAGUGUUUGCCUACAUUUUGAGAGAAUGUAGUCCAGUUUUUGUUUUCCUGGAGUGUGCCCAUGUUCAGAGGUUGUAGCAUCAGCUGCCUAGCUACAAAUGGACAUUUCAGAUAGCUUUCAUGUAAGGGCAAACCUUAUGGGAUAGCAUAAGUUACCAUGAAGUUUCUGGUCUUAGAUGUACCUCGUACAGAGCAUACAUUGUUCCUGUUUGUAAUUUUGAUUUUCUGAAAUAAAAAGUAUUUAAGUCAAGGGACCA